ACAAUUCGCGUUUAACCAGACUCGACUUGGUGCGACUUCACAUGUGUAAAGGCAUUAUUACAGAAACGUUUAAAAAAAGCUCACUCGUCGUUGAGUGGGGCCGAGUUAUGACGCAACUAAUUAUGAAGAGUCAAAUCUCUAUCGAAAAAUCUCUAUCUUCAUUAACAGGAUUGCGAAGAAUCUGCAAUUGAUAAAAUUGCAAAUUCAAUUUCUUGUUUAUAAACCUUGUAAAACAUCGGCAAUGUGGAUUCUUUGUGUGGUAAUUGCACUCUGUCAAAUUAUAAUUUUGUUGAUGUUGUCCGGAAUUCUCUUUUCCGUUGCUGCUGUUUCACGUUUGAUGGAAAUAACGAUUCUCUUGGUACAUCCCACUGCUUUAUUCUUAUUGCGACAAUCCACAAAUUUGAUCAUUGUUUUAACAAUCCUGAUGGCAGAAAUGACAUCCUCGGUGUUCCACAAACUGUGUACACAUGUAAAGAGUGACGAAGCAAAGUGUGAUAAAGCAAAUCUACGGCAAACAUUGUCUGUAAAUAUGCAAACUCCUUUCAUUCCGUAUAAGAGAUGCGUUCUCGAAGAAUUACCUGAAGAGAUUCGACCUUUAAAAAUCGAAUCUCCUGCUUCAUCGUCAGCAUAUAAAGGAAUUAUUGAACCUUUCAAGGAUCAGUCGGAAGACAAUAGUUCGACGAAAGUAUCAACUACGAACUAAGAUAUCUACUAUGGAUUAUAUAUCAGAAAAAACGUAUUUAUACAAAAAAUAUUUAUUUACACAACUUUAUAUACAUGUGUAUAUUGUAA